AUGCCUCCCCCCCCAAUCACGCCCAGACAACCUUCCUCCUCGGAGAACAUCAAAGUCGUCGUGCGAUGCCGCCCCCUGAACUACGCAGAGACGGGGGAUGGCCGGCAGCGCGUGGUGGACGUGGACGUGCCCACGGGUCAGAUAUCGCUGCGCAACCCCAAAUUGGAGGCGGCUGACCCGCCCAAGCUGUUCACCUUCGACGCGGUGUUCAACUGGAAUUCGGGCCAGGCUUCGAUUUAUGAGGCCUGCGCGAAGCCCAUCGUGGAGAGCGUGCUGGAGGGGUACAAUGGGACGGUGUUUGCGUACGGGCAGACCGGCACGGGGAAGACCCACACCAUGGAGGGCGGCUCGGGGGAGGCGGCGGGGAUCAUACCCAUGUCCUUCAGGCACAUAUUCGACUCCAUCGAUGUCAGCGAGAAUAGGCAAUAUCUCGUGAGAUCUUCGUUCUUGGAAAUAUACAACGAAGAGAUCCGCGAUCUGCUGUCGAAGAAUCCCAAAAACAAGUUGCAGCUGAAGGAGAGUAAAGAUAGGGGUGUAUACGUGAAAGGCAUCAGCUCCUUUGUUGUGAAAAGUGUGGAAGAGAUCGCUAGUGUCCUUGAGGUGGGAAAGAAAAAUAGGUCGGUAGCAUCCACACAGAUGAACCAAGAUUCUUCCAGGUCGCACUCCAUAUUCACCAUCACCGUCGAAAUGAUUGAGCAAGGUGCAGGGAAGGACGGCCACAUUCGUGUAGGAAAGCUCAACCUGGUGGAUCUUGCCGGCAGUGAGAGGCAGUCGAAGACUGGGGCCACAGGAGAACGUCUCAAAGAGGCCACAAAAAUCAACCUGUCUUUGUCCGCGCUAGGGAACGUCGUCAGUGCGCUGGUGGACGGGAAAGGCGGCCAUGUACCGUAUCGUGACAGCAAGCUCACUCGGCUUCUGCAAGAUUCCCUAGGCGGGAACACCAAGACAGUGAUGGUCGCAAACUGCGGGCCGGCGGACUGGAAUUACGAUGAAACUUUGAGCACACUGAGAUACGCAAACCGGGCUAAGAACAUUCGCAACAAGCCGAGAAUAAACGAGGACCCCAAAGACACGAUGCUUAGAGAAUUUCAGACAGAAAUAGACAGGCUGAAGUUGGCGCUUCAGAAUGCAGACAAUGCAAGUAAUGGAGGCGAGCGCGUCAUCGAGCGCGUGGUGGAAAAGGAAAAGUCCUUGGGGCCGCAACAGCUGCAGAAUAUGCGGAGAGACAUGGAAGAAUCCAUGAAAAGGGAGAUUUUGGAGCAAGGGAGAGCAAUUGACCAAGAGCGCCUCAGGCAGAUUGAGGAGGAGGCGGCUCAGAUGGCAGCAGAGGAGCUCAGGAGACUACAAACAGAGCGGCAGACAGCGCUGGUCGAGAAGGAAGAAAUUGCCAAAUCCGUCAUGAAGCAGAAGGAAAGUGUUGAGAAAGAGAAAGAAAUGGCCAUGAAAGUAAAAGAGGAGAAAGAUGCCCUCCUCAAAAAGCUAAAAGCCAUGGAAAGUAAGAUUCUCAGAGGGGAGGCCAAAGGAGGCCUUUUGGAGGUAGCCCAGCAGAAAGAGGAAGAUUUGAAGUCAAAAGAAGAGCUGUUACGAAAGAGGCGUCUUGAAGAAUCCGAAAAGAUGCAGAGAAUUGCCGAGCUGGAAGAAGCCAAUAUGGACGCAGAGGGGAAGUACAACGGGCUGCAAGAUGAGGCCGAACAGAAGACCAAAAAGCUCCGCAAGCUGAUGAAAAGGUUUCGGGCCGUCAACCAGGAGGUGGACGACAUGUACGCUGAGUUCCAGAGGGAGAAGGAAGACCUCCUGGAUUCGAUUCGGCUACUGCAGCAGCAGAUGCAGCUCAAGCGCGCCGUCAUCGAGGGGUUCAUACCCCCAGAAGAGGUCAACAAG